AUGCGAGCAGAGAGAGCUCAUGCAAAGGCUGAAAAAGAAAAACGUGCAAGGGAGGUAGUUCCAGUAAUGAAUAUGUUUAGUCAUGGAAGAGACACUAAGAACGCAAAUCAACAUCUCACCAAGUUCGUGGAAAUAGCUAAUACAACCAAGAUCAACGGUGUUGAUGAUGAUAUUGUGAGGGAAAUACCUAGGUACGCCAAGCUCUUGAGUGAGGCGGAUAUGAAGAAGCAAAAGCUCCAGAAAUCUGAUCUAAAGCUAUCUCUUCAUUGUAGUGAAAUCAUCCAAAAGCAAAGGCCUGUCAAGCAGAGGGAUCCAGGUCAAUUCAUCAUUAGUUGUUCCAUUGGGAAUGAUAAAGUAGACAAGGCUCUUUGUGAUCUUGGAGCUAGCAUCAACAUAAUGCCUUUGGAGUACUACGAGAAGCUCAACAUUUGGCCACUCAAAUCAACAGAUGUUUGCUUAAGGAUGGUUGACAAUACUACAACAAAGGUGGUUGGGGUAAUUGAGGAUGUAUUGGUAAAGGUUAAUGAUUUUAUAUUCACUGUCGAUUUCUUUGUUUUAGACAUGAAAGUUGAUAAACAAGUUCCUCUGAUGUUAGGUAGAAACUUUCUAGCCACGUGCAAAGCUCUUAUUGAUGUAGGUAGAGGAGAAAUCACAAUAAGUGACCAUGGAGGAAAGUAA